CGUCAUCAACACGCGUCCGCUCGGCGUGCUUGUGCGACUGUAUACAGUCAGACAUCAGGUGGUAAAAUUGUGAAUAAAAAAGCCUUCAAGAUGCCGAUGAAAGGACGGUUUCCCAUCAGGAGGACUCUGGAGUAUCUCCAGAAAGGAGAUAUCAUCUUCAAAAACAGAGUGAAGAUCAUGACGGUGAACUACAACACGCACGGAGAGCUGAGCGACGGAGCAAGAAAGUUUGUGUUCUUCAAUAUUCCUCAGAUCCAGUAUAAAAACCCCUGGGUCCAAAUAAUGAUGUUCAAAAACAUGACGCCGUCACCGUUCCUGAAGUUCUACCUGGAUGACGGGGAGCAAGUGCUGGUGGACGUCGAAGGGAAAGACCACAAGCAGAUUUCACAGCAUGUUCGGAAGAUUUUGGGAAAAUCAGGGGAAGUGCUGCAACGGGAGGCUCAAGCCAAGAUGCAGGCGUCCAACCCCGCCAACUUCGGGCCAAAGAAGUACUGUCUGAGGGAGUGUAUCUGCGAGGUGGACGGCCAGGUGCCGUGUCCUGGCACCACGCCGCUGCCCAAGGAGAUGACGGGCAAAUACCGAGCGCAGAUGGCAGCGUCGCAGGAGUGAGAAUCUGCGGAGCGCAACGGACUCCUGAAGAUUUGCUCCAAACGUCUUCGCAGCGUUGUGACUUUUUGUUUGGUUUUUUUUUUUAUACGACGGCAUGAAAGCGGCGGCGCUCCCCGGGAGCUGAAACUCUGGACCGCGUUCAAUAACCCGACUUCACUGCUCGUCUUUGAGCAGAACGUGUUUAACAGAGGAACUCCCCCACCGAUGGUUCAGCAGAAAACCGGAGCAGGACACUGUCAUGUUAAGAAUAUCCAAAUAAAAGCCAGAUUCGC